AUGUCGCGACGAAUCGACCUCUCCUUGUUUAGAGGUGACGACUCUGACGAAGAUGACGGCUCGACCCUCACAGCUGAGCUCAACCCUUUAAAGUCCAAAACGUUGUCUUACGGCGUUACGAAGAAGACCAAGCGAGAUUUAGAGCUAGAGGCCGAGAGAAAGAAGAGGCAGGAGGAAGAAGAAGCUACCAGGCUGGCCCUUGAGGAGUACUCGCAAGCGUUCUCCGGCCCAGGCCAUCGAGCACCAGCGGGCAGUGGUGGAUGGAAGUCACAAUCUCGCGGGUUUGUUAGAGCCGGCGACACUGCCAUAUACAACCCCCCGCGCGGCUCAGCUGCACCAGCGCUGCAGGCUUCCACCACCUGGUCCGCUCCGGUGAGGUUACCUUCUCCACCACCUCCGCCAAAACCGAGGGGCAAGCGAGCAAUGGACGCCUUCCUGGAGGAGAUCAAAGGCGUAUGA